UAUAUAUAUAUAUAUAUAUAUAUAUAUCGUAUAUUGGAGUCUAUUUAGCUUUGUAAAUGCAUGAACCUAAAUCAUCUUCAGUGUGCAAGAAAGGUUGGAGAUCAUCCCAAGGGUGGAGUCCACACCCAUGGGGUGAUCCACAUCCUUCACUUUUGCACACCACCAACGUGCUGCACACCGGACCGGAUCCUCUCUCUCAUAAAUGCAUGUGUAUAAUGUUUCUGUAUUUUCUUUAUAGCCCUAUAUAUCAUAUCUUAAAAUAUAAUUAAAUAAUUAAGGUGGUUUCUUACUUUUUAUUUUAAGUAAGCCAACCCAUUCAGCAGGGAAUGGAAUGAUUGAUUUUCUAUUUUAAGUAAUUUUUUUUUUUUUUUGAAAGUUAAAGCAAACAAACUUGACCACAAUUUUAAGAGCUCUCUGUCUACAUUUAAAGAAUCUCCAUGUGGCACUAAGAGCAAAAACGAUGAUGACUAUGAAUCAAUUAAAUCUUCCAACAGUAAAAUUGAAGUUAGCAUGCAUUUACAUGGUAAUUAAGAUGUGGUUCGGAACAGGGUGUCACUUUUACUCUCCCUAAGUUUGUUUGGUUAGCAGGUGUACCUGUUUGUCCUACCUCAAAUAACUGAAUCUACCCGCCACGGUCCACACCUCUACUACUUCCCAAGCUCUCGUCUCCCUAUAUAUAUAUAUAGUAUAUAUAUAAGCACACAUAUAAAUAUAUAUAUACACACACGGACAAGGAUCCUCUCCAGCGCAGGAGAGGUCCAGCACACACACACACCCAUUUUUGUCUUUAAUUUGCUGUUUCAUUUCAUCAAACAAAACAUCCCAGAUCUCUCCUUUUUAGCUCCAAAUUUCUACAAAAAUUCUUCUUGGGCAAAUGUUAUACAUCUUAAGUAAAUGAGAUUGUAACUUAGGUUAGUUAGCUUCUCUUUUCUGUGGUGAUUGAUGGCGGUCAAUUCAAGAUCGAAAACGGAGCUUUCAGUCCAAAAAAAGAAAUGGCAAGACAGAGAAACUAGUCCUGAAAGAACCAAGAUUUGGAUCGAACCCAAAUUGAAGACAGACAACAAAGUCCCUCUUAUAUACUAUCUCUCAAGGAAUGGCCAACUCGACCAUCCUCAUUUUACAGAGGUUCCUCUCUCUUCCUCCAAAGGACUUUAUCUCAGAGAUGUGAUCAAUAGAUUGAACUCUCUCAGAGGAAAAGGCAUGGCAAGCAUGUACUCUUGGUCUUCUAAACGGGUCUACCGGAAUGGAUUUGUGUGGCAAGAUUUAUCUGAGAAUGACUUGAUAUGUCCAACACAGGGCCGUGAAUACGUCCUCAAAGGAUCUGAACUUCUUCAGAGCUCUGUGAGCUUAAGGUACCAUGAAACAACAGCAUCAUUGAAAAACCUGCCGGAGAUAAAACUUUCCAGCGAAGAUUGCGAUUUUCCGGCGACUAUGAGGAGAAGAAAUCAGUCAUGGAGCUCAUUCGACCCUCAGGAAUACAGAGUCUACAAGGUGAAAUCCGGCAGAGAACUUACUGGAAAAGCCGCGGACGUGUCGACGCAGACGGAGGAUAGCCGGCAACGAAGAAGAAGUGUUAGAGAGGUGAGGGAAGAAUGUGAAAAGGGUAUGAAUAAAGAGUGUGGGGAGAGCAUUACAGAGCUGAGCAGAGGAGAUAUAUCUCCACCAGUUUCGAUUUCUAGUGUAGAAGGCAUGGAGGGUGUGAGUGGAUCAAGAGGCGCUGAUCUAUCGGGCCGUGUUUGCGAUCGGACGGCUGAGAAUAUGCAUCCGAGUGGGAGAAUGAAGGCUUCCCAAGCGUUGAUGAAGUUGAUCAGUUGUGGUUCGGUUCCGGUCAAUGAUUGUGAGUCAAUCAAGGGUUAGGACUGGGGGAUCAUGAAGGAAGACUAUGGACUUGGAUGUCGGAUAUUGAGUGCACUAGAUAUUUCGACCCAUGAUAAUGUAUCUUUUUUUAAAAAAAAAUUAGUCUAUCUAUUUAUAAAAUUACUAA